AGCCCCCAAUUGCUCCUCUCCGCCGUGUGGUUCGCUGCUGCAGCGGCGUUUAUUUAAUUCCCAAAGCAGCUUCCUUUCGCUGCCGCUAGCUACCCUCUCUCUCUGGCACAGCUAAUCCGGCGCCUCUCUUUCCCCCUCAACGCGCCCCGAGAAGACGGAAAGCGGAAGAGCCCCGGGACCGGGAGUUGCAGUAGAAAAGGGCCGCACCGGAAGUUUCGGCGUCGUUUUCGGGUUGGUGGCGCGCCGAAUCCUCCUCGGCUCCGGCGGUCGGAGCGCGCGCGGUUGGCAGCGGCGCAAUUACGGCGGGAACUCUACGGCUGCUGGUGGAGGGUGCCCGGGUUGUGGGGGGCGUGGAUCUGGCCGGAGGCGGGCGAUGUGGAGGCGGGAGUAGGGUUGUGUUGGAGGGGAAGCCGCGAUCUUGGGGGCUCCCAUGGGGGGAUGCUUCUCGCUGGAGGAGCAACGGCUCCAGAGCAGGACAGGCACUUCAGCUGAAGCUGGUGGACCAGAUGGGUUGAGGAAGUGCAAAUCUGAUUCUAAAGCCAUAUCAAGUGUUCUUGCACCUCCAAAAGAUGUGGAGGACCUGCAAACUGAAGGAUAUGGAAAUGUUAAUAUUUUCACAUACAACGAACUGCGAGCAGCCACGAAGAACUUUCGGCCUGACCAAAUUCUUGGAGAGGGUGGGUUUGGAGUUGUUUACAAAGGCGUAAUUGAUGAAAAUGUUAGAGUGGGUUUUCCAUCCACGCAAGUUGCUGUGAAAGAACUGAACCCAGAGGGCUUUCAGGGAGACAAGGAAUGGUUGGCAGAAGUCAACUAUCUUGGCCAACUUAGUCAUCCAAAUCUAGUUGAACUAAUUGGCUAUUGCUGUGAGGGUUCGCACAGAUUACUCGUAUAUGAGUACAUGGCUUGUGGCAGCCUUGAAAAGCACCUUUUUCGCCGAGUUUGUCUUAAUAUGCCAUGGUCAACUCGCAUGAAGAUUGCACUCGGUGCAGCAAGGGGGCUUGAGUACCUUCACGGAGCCGAGAGGUCCAUCAUAUAUAGGGAUUUCAAGACGUCAAACAUCUUGUUAGAUGCGGAUUAUAAUGCUAAGCUUUCAGACUUUGGCCUGGCAAGAACUGGACCCAGUGGGGACCAAACCCAUGUCUCAACUCGGGUCAUGGGAACUUACGGCUAUGCAGCUCCUGAAUAUGUCAUGACUGGCCAUUUGACAGCACGGAGCGAUGUUUAUGGCUUUGGUGUUGUGCUUCUCGAGAUGAUUAUUGGGAGGAGGGCCGUGGACAAGAGCCGGCCCAGCCGUGAGCAUAAUCUAGUUGAGUGGGCACGCCCCCUCCUGGUCCACAAUCGGAAGCUGUUUAGGAUCAUUGAUCCAAGAAUGGAAGGCCAGUACUCCACCAAGGCUGCCAUUGAGGUGGCCAGCCUGGCAUACCGAUGCUUGAGCCAGAACCCUAAAGGGCGGCCUACUAUGAGCCAGGUUGUUGAAACCUUUGAGGCGGUUCAUAGCAUGCCCGAAUGCCAGGACAUACUCUUGCAGAACUGUAUGACCGGUGCUGUGACGCUCUACGAGGUCCCAAAGGAACCUGUUGAGCAUGUCGAGGCAGAGAAGGUGAAGCAGGAACCAACAGCGAAGACUGAAGCCGUGGCUGUGGUACCAGCGAAUGGAAAGCCAGUGCCUCAGAGCAGGAGAACACGGCCAGCAAACGGCAGGAGCAAGAGCGAGCCCUCUUUGGAGUGCAAGAUGUACAUCCCUUCGCCUGACUCCGAUGGACUGCAGCCGGGGCUAGAGGCCCUUGCAUCCCCUUCCCGAACCGGGAGUAUGAGGGAUCCUCCUCCAGAUGAGGAUCUAUACAAGAUAUAAGUAACACCAAACAGUUUUUGACGAUAAAUCGAGUCUUCCUUACCCCGUGUUCGGCAUUGCCAUUCCAUCUUGUCGUCGAGAUCAGUCAGCUGGUGUUGCAUUCUUCUUCUUUCUGAUGGCGGAACUACCAUGCUAGGGUUUCUUGUUUCUUCCGGUUAGCAAAUUGUAUGUAGAUGAGCAUCGCGGGAAGCAUGUAAUGUUGGUGUUCAUGCUGUAAACUCCAAACAGUUCUCUGGGAAAGAUCCACACCAAAAAUCAAUGGAAAUGGAGAAAAUUUGUCCGGUGUGUUGA